UCAAACCGUGGACGCCGCGUAUUUGCUAAAAGUUUAAUUAGCUAUAUUUUACUGAAUUAGUGGCCUCUAAAGUGUAGUGUGCCGGCCAAGAUGCCGAAUAAGUACUUUAUUUACGCCGGCGGGCGUUGGUGCGAAGUGGACAUGCGGCGGGGCCGCGUGGAGGGCUUUCGUCAACGCGCGCGUUUUUGCUACUUACGCGGCGGAAAGUUGGAAGUGGGACGCACUGCGACUAUCUUGCGGGCGCUGCGGGCGCUGGCGGCCGGUGCCGGCGGCGCUGCGCGGGAUUCCGCGCCUCUACUUCACCGGCGACGUCAUAAGCGGCGAGAGAGUGUGCGCGCGCACCGCUGCUGCUCCCAGCAUCGCCAUCAUUCCAGAUCUAGAUGCGAUGUAAACGCCAACGAGUUAGGCGACAAGGCAACCUCUUUAGCUGUCCAAGCCCAAGAGACUUCGCCGCGCAAAAGAAAAAGAUCCGCCAGUGAAGAAUCACACAGCAAAGCGAAGCAGAUUAAGAGUGACGAAGCAACACAAAAAACUAAGUCUCCGCAAAAGAAGGCAGUAGAAGAUAAAGAGGAGUUAAUUGUGAAAAGUCUAUUAGAAGACAGUAAGGAAAAUAAGUCACCGCAAAAGAAAACUGUAAAAGUACGAGCCCCGGAAGAAGAGAAACUAGUACAAAGUCUUCUAGAAAGCAGCUCCUCAGAAGACAUAAAGGAACAGAUACAGACACCUAAGAAGCCGGGACCAAGAUCACGCAAAGAAACACAAAGAAGUCCGCAGAAGUUGCAGAAAGCCAAGACUGUAGUGAGAGGGAAAGAAGAACAGAAGUUAGUGCAGUCGCUGCUGCAGACCAGUUCUGAUGAUGAACAGGUUCCAAACAACCCUUCACCCAAAUCUCAGCGGUCCCUCUCGGACAGCAGUUCCUCGUUGUCAGAGCAGAAAGAGAUGUGCAAGGAGCUAGUAAUCGAUGACCAUGACGUGAGGGUGCUGCGCCGGUUCUUGGCCAGGACUGUAGAAGCUGAGGAGCUCAAGAGAUUUGACAAAGACGAGGAAUACAAAACCCGAGUGUUCUACAAACUUAACCCGCUGGUGUGCCUGAAACGGUGCGGGCCGCUAGAAAAGCUGCUGACACAGCGGCUCACGUUAAAGGAGUUUGCCAGACACCUAGGGCUUAGGAGUGUAGCCGACGUCACCCCGGAGAAAAGGUAUCGUAUGAGGCACAGCACUCGACAGGCGCGCAACACAGCCAGUAUAACCAGCGACAGUGAGAAAGAGAAGGCGAAUCCCGUCCCGAGUGAGAAAGAGAAGCGGAAUCCCGUCCCGCCGAAGAGGAGGCAGCUGUGGAACAGGAACAGAGAGAUGUUCAGCAGCUCCCAAUCACCCUUGUCCAGCGAGUUGAAAGUCAAGCCGCAGAUACACAGACCGGCUAGAAACAGUUCCCGAGACACCACUGACAGCGACACAGAGGCCAAGCAACACAUCCGGAGACACCUCGAGAGAAGGGCCAGUGCCAAGCUCAACCCGGAGAGAAAAAAAACUAAUGAUGUUGACUCUAUAGUUGUAGAGAGUGAUAGUGAUGAAAGUAGUAAAUCUGGUAAUCAAAGGAAAACUAGACGUAAGUCUAAAGGAACAGCGGACGAUGAUGAAUCUAUGCUAGUUAGUGAUGAUAAUAGUAGUAAUGCUGAUGGUAAUGAAAGGAAAACUAGACGCAAGUCUAAAGGAACAAAGGAAGAUAAAAAAUCUGUGCUAGUUAGUGAUGAUAAUAGUAGUAAUGCUGAUGGUAAUGAAAGGAAAACUAGACGCAAGUCUAAAGGAACAAAGGAAGAUAAAAAAUCUGUGCUAGUUAGUGAUGAUAAUAGUAGUAAUGCUGAUGGUAAUGAAAGGAAAACUAGACGCAAGUCUAAAGGAACAAAGGAAGAUAAAAAAUCUGUGCUAGUUAGUGAUGAUAAUAGUAGUAAUGCUGAUGGUAAUGAAAGGAAAACUAGACGCAAGUCUAAAGGAACAAAGGAAGAUAAAAAAUCUGUGCUAGUUAGUGAUGAUAAUAGUAGUAAUGCUGAUGGUAAUGAAAGGAAAACUAGACGCAAGUCUAAAGGAACAAAGGAAGAUAAAAAGUCUGUGCUAGUUAGUGAUAAUAAUAGUAGUAAUGCUGGUGGUAAUCAAAGGAAAACUAGACGCAAGUCUAAAGGAACAAAGGAAGAUAAAAAAUCUGUGCUAGUUAGUGAUGAUAAUAGUAGUAAUGCUGAUGGUAAUGAAAGGAAAACUAGACGCAAGUCUAAAGGAGCAAAGGAAGAUAAAAAAUCUGUGCUAGUUAGUGAUGAUAAUAGUAGUAAUGCUGGUGGUAAUCAAAGGAAAACUAGACGCAAGUCUAAAGGAACAAAGGAAGAUAAAAAAUCUGUGCUAGUUAGUGAUGAUAAUAGUAGUAAUGCUGAUGGUAAUGAAAGGAAAACUAGACGCAAGUCUAAAGGAACAAAGGAAGAUAAAAAAUCUGUGCUAGUUAGUGAUGAUAAUAGUAGUAAUGCUGGUGGUAAUCAAAGGAAAACUAGACGCAAGUCUAAAGGAGCAAAGGAAAAUAACGAAUCUGUGCUGGUUAGUGAUGACAGUGAUAGUGUUGUCGUUCAAAAACAACGAAAAUCUAGAAGCGGAACUAGAGCAAAGAGCAAAACUGCUGAUGAUGAAUCAGUGGUUAUUAGUGAUGAAUCUGAACAGAGUGAUAGCAAAAAAAGUGAUAGUCCUAGUGAAAGCGCUGGACGAUCCACUAGGAGAACGAGAUCUCAAGGUCCGGAAAAGAGAGUGCUAAGAGAACACAACAAGUCUGUAAUUGUUAGUGAUUCAGAUAGUAAUGCGCAACGAAAACGUAGGACUUCUAGAACAAAGUCUAAGGAGACUAAUAAAAGGCAUGGUGAAUCUAUUCCAAUUAGUGAUAGUAAUACAGAUGAAAAUCAGGUGAAAAAUGUCCGAACUAGAUCUAAAGACCCUAACAAAGACUUAAAGGAUAUUAAAGCAAAUGAUAGAAAGGAAAAAAAAGAAAGUGAUAGAAAUACUGAAAAAGACGUAGGUUCAACUGAAACUAAAAAAACAACUAGGUCAUCCAUGAAGAUUACAGAAGAUAACUCUAAAGAGAAUGACAAGACAAAGAGAUCUAAAAAAGAUGAAAAAUCUAGUAUAAUAGAAAACACAGCUAAAAAUAGAAAAGAUAAACCAGGACCAUCAAGAAGAGAACUUAAAGAAAGUCCUAAGAAGCCAGAAACGGAUAACGAUCAAGAUAAGUCAGAAAUAAGCAAUAGUAGCGACGCAUUUGAGACAACUAAGUUUUCACCAAAGAAAAAUAGAGAGAAAAUAAAAUCAGGUAAGCUUUUGGCGAAAAGAAUAUCAGCUAUGAAUAUGCCAAGAAAUCAUAAAGGGAAAUUCGUUAAACAAAAGCCGGAUAAUACUGAUAAUAGAAAUAAAAUUAAUGUAAAGGAUAAAGCUGAAAAAGCGAAUGAUGAUGGAGUUGAAAAAGGGAGUCAAAAAGAUAAAAAUAAAGGAAAUGACAAAAACAGACCGGACAAUGAAACAGAUAAGGAAAAAAAUAAAGUGUUAAAAGUCAAAAUAGAUAGAGACAGGGAUGAAAAGGAGAGAAGUAAAGGUAGUGACGAUAAAAAGACUGAAAAUAAGGGCAAGGAGAAUAAUAGAAAAGCGGCGGCCGUUAGCAGCAUGUUUGUCAAACCUGUUAAAUUUAAGAAGUCUAGCGUGGCGAAUGGGCGUGAAUACACGUCAGCAGAAGACCACGCGAUCGUGGCGUGGAUAUCGCUCGGCAACAGGAUGCGUAUGGUCAACGGCAACGCCAUAUGGCGGGAGCUGCAGAGCGAAUAUACACGUCUCACGUCGCAGACUCGGUCGUGGCAUUCGCUCCGGAACCGGUACCUGCGGUACAUCCUGCCUUCGCUAGGCCAGCUAGCCCUGCCUCCAUCUCAAGUGUCGCGGCUACGCGCCGCCGCCGCCGUCGGUAAGAUAAAGCCACGGCGGAACUCAAUAUUCAAGACCCAGCGCGUGGUCAGCGCGUCCACCGUCGGACGGAUACGGUUUCGGCCCGUGUCCGACUUUGACUCGGAUUCCGAUAAAAAAGCGGCCACGCCGCCGCCCUCGCCCCCUCCCCCCCUCGCCCCUACCCCGCCGCGCCGCCGCCCCGCGCCCUCCCCCCCUAACCCCGCCAGCGCGCCGCGCCUGCGCCCGCGCUCCUCCAACGUAAGCGCAACGCCCACGCCUAAGAAGAGACGGAUUCAUCACUUAUAAGAAGAAUUAAAUAGAUUUAUGUUGUACAUAAUACAGUUUCAUCUUCAUGUUGUACGUAUUGGUAUAUUUAAGUUAUCUAGGCGCCAUUCGUCUAUUACGUAAGACGAUUUAAGGGAGGAGGGGAUCGACUAUGUGUUUUUUUUGGGUGGGUCCUUAUCCCACAUCACAAAAAUGCUCAAAUAUACAGAAUGAUUUUCACAUUUCUGACCAUACUUUGAAGGUUUCGUUCAUAAUAAUGUUAUUGCUUUAAUAUUUUGAGUUACGUUAAGUUACAUAUCAAAAUAUAUCUUUACUGUACAUAUGGUACUACUUUACUGCCCUAAGGCGUUAAGGCUAAAACAAGUAUAUAUCAAGAAAUCAAAGUGCCAUAUGUACUGUAAAACGUUGUACAAUACACGUGCGAAAAGGUAGUCACCGCUCGGUUACAAAUUUUCUACUUGUGUCGUAACAACGCUCGUACGUAAGUGCCAACAAAAACGAAAGUCUAAAAAAUAAAAUUUAGUUGUUACUUGUAAUAUUGUAAUUGUAUAUACAUACUGUAAGCGCCACUUGCACUAUCCCACUAACCCGGGGUUAACCGGUUAAAUCGUACUGGUGCAAGUGGCGCUAAUAAAUAGAAUACUGUAAAAAAUCGUGUGUUCAAUGCUCAUGUCACGCUCCUGGUGCGUUCGAGGUGGGGUACGACGUUAAAGAUAUGUUUACACUUUGUAAUAAGGCGAAACGUGUAAACAUAUCUUUGACGUCGACUGUACCUACUGAAAAGACUCGUAGUGAAGUUUUUGGUAAAAGUGAUUUUAGGUAUGACGUGAAAUCGUCGAAUUACUAGUACAUCAUAUUUGGGGUUACUUAUUUUUUUUAAAUAGGCUUAAGCACAUUUUGUCAGACUGAUACAAUUUUACAUAGUUGUAAUUUUAUAACUUGACUUCACAUCAAGAAACAUUGCAAUUAAGACCUAUGACCAAUAAGUUAAGGUCUAAUUUUUCGUUUGAGUUUUUACUUUUUUUUGUAUAUUCAAUAAUUACUAGUAUUUUAUUUUAAGCUGUUUUCAAAAAGUGAUCUAUCGGUAUUUUGUCUCGUCUCUCAGUUUAUUGUAACGGUUCAUAGAUAACGUUAUAUAUAUAUAGAUAACCAGUUACUAACAGAGAAUGUCUGAAUUUUCUUAUUGGUAAAUAAAUAAAAAAGAACAAAGAACACCAUGAGAGAACGUUCAGAAACUUUGAUUUAACUUGUAAAUAUUUAUGUAAACAUACAUUCAACGUCAAAUCAUAGAUAUUUUAUUAUGUUUAUGAUUUACUAUUGUAUUAUUGUUAAAGCAAGAUGUACAGGCUUCAUUUAUUUUAAACGUCUAAGAUACUCUGUAUCUUUAGGUAUUUAAAUAAAAGUAAACAAAAUCUACCCUCAAAUGGCUCCUUCAGGCCCGUUGAUGAAAACAUUACACGAUCAAAUAAUGUAGGUUAAAGUCAGGUCGUUCGGCGACAGAUCCAGUUAGUAUUUGGUUGGUUAACCAAUAAAUGUUAACUACCCGAAAAUGUACAAAUUGUUUGUCUUUUAUUUAAAUACCUAAAGUUACAGACUAUAGACACAUAGAUUAUCAAAGUAAUCCAGUCAGUUCAAGUGUGAAGUGUGGCAGCGCCACAAACUUCAUAAUCAUAAUACUUACUGCCUAUUUUCAAUUGAGUUAGGUACUUUACGUGUUUCGAAAUAGUAUACCUAUUACCUGGGGUAGUAAGGUAAGAAAUGUCUCAAAUCACAUGUAACUGUUGGCCGAGGCGAAGCCGUGGUCGACAUACAUGACGUGACCUGAGGCUUUCUUCUUUACUGGCCGAGUUGCGUAUGCUAUUUUAUUGUUCGACGAAGCGGGAAAGCGGCAACUUCGUUUAGCGCAGCGGGCCGAAAGUUGACGCUUUCCGGCCGGAGAGCAGAUUUUCUUUUUUUUUUCUCGUCAGUUGUGAAAGAGACGAACAUUGAAAUUAAUUAUGCAGGAGGCAUGCGGUGUAUUAGACUGUUAUAAAGUGUAAUAAAUCUUAAUUAAGUUGUUAAACUUUUUGUACUAUUAAACAGGAAAAUCUA